UUGUAUCUACAUACAAGUAGCAACAAUUACAACGCGAUUACGCUACAAACAGUACAAACAGAACGGCUCGAAUAGGCGCGCGGGCACCGCCUCGCAAAAAAUUGAUUUGUGACGCCCAUAAAUUAAAUUAACAAAUCAUUAUUAUUUUGCCACGGUGUACACUUGUGAACAUAAGUGUGGGGACGAUGGUGCAAGUGAGAGUGAGCGAUGGUGUGCUGGAGGGCGAGCAGGUCCAGAAUGAGUUCGGAGGGUCGUUCUACAGGUUCAGAGGAAUACCGUACGCCCAGCCACCUCUUGGAGACCUCCGGUUUAAGGCACCGCAACCAAUUAAACCAUGGCAAGGUGUACGGCAGGCCAAACAAUUUGGCCCAGUGUGUUACCAGUUCAACCCCACCAACCCUGGACUAUCAAACAUGAGUGAAGACUGCUUAUACGUGAAUGUUUAUACUCCAGACGUUAAGCCUCAAACCCCUCUUCCUGUAAUGGUUUGGAUCCAUGGAGGAGGAUACGUAUGGGGAAGUGGCAAUGACGACCUCUACGGACCAGAAUUUUUAAUCAGACAUAAUGUAGUUCUAGUCACAUUCAACUACAGACUCGAAGUUCUCGGCUUUCUUUGCCUUGACACUGCAGACGUUCCAGGCAAUGCUGGCAUGAAAGAUCAAGUAGCAGCCCUGAGAUGGGUUAAAAGAAACAUUGCCAACUUUGGAGGCAACCCUGACAACAUCACAAUAUUUGGUGAAAGUGCCGGUGCUGGUAGUGUUUCACAUCAUUUAAUAUCCCCAAUGUCCAAGGGCCUCUUCAACAGAGCAAUCCCACAGAGUGGAGCCACCACAUGUUUUUGGGCUACAGCAUUCGAACCAAAAGAAAAAGCUAUACUUCUCGCUAAACAACUGGGUUUUCAUUCAGAGGAUGAAAAAGAACUAUAUGAAUUCUUCAAAAAACAGCCGUGUGAAAAUCUGGUCAACUUAAAAUUACAAGUAACGACAUCACAGAAGUCUUAUGAGAUUCAUUUCAGUAUUGCAAAUGAGAAAGAUUUUGGACAGGAAAGAUUUUUCUAUGGCGAUUACGUCGACGCAAUGAAAAACAAUUUGCAGGAAGGUGUAGACAUUAUGACGGGUUACACAAAGGAUGAGUGUACAAUAUCGAUAUCCAUCGGUGGACCACUGGAAGACAUUCUUGCAAAAGCACAGAGAUACCGGGAAUUUUUCGCUCCCAAACUGAUACAGAACUACGGGACGAUAACUGACCAGUUAGAAGCUGCACGGAAGCUACAAAAGUUUUAUUUCAAAAACGAGAGAGUAUCGAAAGACAAUAUUGAUACUUUAAUGAAAUACAUAAGCGUUGACAUGUUCGUCCAUGGCGUGAUGUUGGCUGCGAAGUUCUAUUCAAGGAAGAAUAAAGUUUACUUUUACAAAUUCAAUUGUUACUCCGAGAGGAAUGUCUUCACGGAUGCCUUUUGCGUCGGCCAUCUGAACGAAGGCCGGGAAGUAGUAAGUCAUGCGGAUGAUUUGGCAUAUCUCUUCCCAGUGAAACUUUUCACGCAAAAAGUUGAUAAAACAUCGGACACAUUCAAACUGAUUGACAGGGUCACUAAACUUUGGACAAACUUCGCCAAAUACGGAAACCCAACUCCAGAUGACAGCUUAGGAGUAAAGUGGCUCCCUUACACCCUAGCAGCUCAGGACUAUAUGGACAUUGGUGACAAGCUGAUCCCUGGUAAUUCACCAGACCAGGAAGAACUUGACUUCUGGGAGUCUAUAUUUCAACAGUACCUGCCUAAAUUCAGUAUGUUAAACAAAUAACAAUUCACCACAAUAGUGCCAGCACAACAAGCUAUACCAAACUGUUUGUAACAGAUAUCUAUUUCUAUGAUGAUAAAGUUGAAAAUGUUUUUGGGUUAGCUUGAUGUGCUUGCGUCUUGUAGUGCUAAGAACUAAUUUUGUUUUUGUUUUAUAGUAAGAAAAGUCUUUACUUGAUAGGAUUUGUUAAAAGACUAACUCGAAUUAAUAUAAAUAUCUAUAAUAUAAUUAAUAUAUUGUUACAAGUAAAUAUGUUGAAGUAAGUGUUACGUACCAUGUAAUUUCAAAUAAUAAUAUGUUAUCUUAAUAACUAACAUAAAUUAAUAAAGUGGAAUAUGUUUAUUGAUCAUUCAUUAUAGUAUUAUCUACAAUAAUAAAAUUUAUUGAAUGUAUACCAUAAAAAGAUAUGAGAUAGAAUUCAAA